AUGCCUCGACGACCUGAACCCCUCCUUCAGCCUGGCAAGCUCUGUUUCCCUGAGCGACCUUAUCUUGCUCUUGGGCUCGAAGGUUCUGCCAACAAACUGGGAGCCGGCGUGAUUCAGCAUCUGCCUUCGGGAGAAACCAAAGUCUUGUCCAAUGUCCGACACACGUACAUUACACCGCCAGGUGAAGGCUUCUUACCUCGCGAUACGGCCCUACAUCAUCGGCAAUGGAUCAUGAAGGUGAUCAAGGAUGCAAUGGAACAGGCCGGUGUGGGUAUUAAAAACGUCGAUUGUAUUUGCUACACAAAGGGUCCGGGUAUGGGUGCGCCACUCCAGAGUGUAGCUGUAGUGGCAAGGACGCUUUCGUUGCUUUAUAAGAAGCCACUGGUCGGAGUUAAUCACUGCGUUGGACAUAUCGAGAUGGGACGCCAGAUUACUGGUGCAACGAACCCAAUUGUCCUCUAUACGCUGGAUAUUGCAGUGGGCAAUUGUCUCGACAGAUUCGCCCGCGUAAUCGGUCUCUCCAAUGACCCAAGUCCAGGAUACAAUAUCGAACUAAUGGCACGCUCUGGUGGAGCCAACAAGAGACCGCUUCGACUCAUACAACUCCCAUACGCGACCAAGGGCAUGGAUGUGAACCUGUCUGGGAUCUUGACUGCUGCAGAGACUCUCACGCAGGACCCACGAUUUCGUCGAGAGAUGAACGAGGAUGAUCCUGAUGACACCUUUACACCAGCAGAUCUCUGCUACAGUCUCCAGGAAACUGUGUUCGCCAUGCUCGUAGAGAUUACGGAGCGCGCAAUGGCACAUGUUGGGAGUAAAGAGGUUCUCAUUGUGGGUGGCGUUGGCUGCAACGAAAGGUUACAGGAGAUGAUGGGAAUCAUGGCGGCGGAACGUGGGGGCAAUGUAUUUGCUACUGAUGAGCGAUUUUGUAUCGAUAAUGGGAUCAUGAUUGCGCAAGCAGGACUAUUGAGCUAUCGAAUGGGCUUCAAGACACUACUAGAGGAAAUAAUUUAG